AUGCCACCGAAGACGGAACCAAGAAAGUGGAAGCCACCAAAGGGCCCAAAAAACACACCUCACAAAAACAAGAAUACCAUUGGUCUGGGAAGAAGCAUUAAAAAUAUCAAAAAUCAGGAAAAUAAAGUGUACUAUCUGCCCGACGGAGAAAUGCGAUUCACCACGGACAAACAUGAAGAUGACUGGGUCAAAUUACGUUCAGUCACACAAGAAAAUGCUCUUGAUGAAUUUUUGAAUACAGCAGCUUUGGCAGAUAAGGACUUCUCUGCUGAGAGGUCCACGGGAAUUAAAAUCAUAAGUGCCAAUAGUCAAACUGUGGAUAGCGGCAAUUACAAUCCUUAUUUGCUUACGACCGAGGAAGAAAUCAAAAAGUUUCAGACUCAAAAAGAGCAUGUUUCUGAGUUGCGAGUCCCAAGACGGCCUAGAUGGGAUAAAUCGACGACCAAGCAAGAGCUUGAAAGAUUGGAAAGUGAAGCUUUUCUUGAGUGGAGACGUAACCUUGCCCUGCUGCAGCAAAAUCAUGAUUUACUGCUUACACCUUUUGAGAGGAAUAUCUUGGUCUGGAAGCAACUGUGGAGAGUGGUAGAAAGGUCCGAUUUGGUUGUCCAAAUUGUAGAUGCAAGAAAUCCUUUGCUUUUUCGUUCUGAAGACUUUGAAAAUUACGUGAAAGAGACAAAUCCUUUGAAACGAAACUUGUUGUUGGUCAACAAAGCUGAUCUAUUGACUUACGAGCAGAGGUUAGAGUGGGCUCGCUAUUUCAAAGCACAUAAUAUUAAGUACACAUUUUUCAGCGCAUACCUCGCAAACGAGACUCUGGACAGAGAAAGAGAAAAGCUCGAGCUACGACAGACGGAUAUAGUCCGGGACACUAAUUUUCCUGAGAGCACACUUUCUGAAGAAUUGGAUUCGAACUUCUCCGGUGAAGCCAAUUUGGAUGACGAAGAGAACCAAGAAAUGGAGAACCUGAAACAAGAAUUGAAGUCAAUAGAGGAUAAAUUGCAAGGAUACAGCUUACAAAGCUAUACUGAGGCUGAUGAGGAAGAUACAAAUGAGAUGACACGAAUCAUAACGGUGCAGGAGCUGGAAGAUCUGUGUCUCAGAGUUGCCCCAGAACCAUUAACUGAGCCUCCUGAAGGUCAACCUAGACGCCUUCAAAUUGGUUUAGUUGGAUACCCUAAUGUGGGAAAGUCGUCGACUAUCAAUGCUUUGGUAGGCUCAAAGCGAGUCUCAGUGUCGUCGACUCCCGGUAAGACAAAACAUUUCCAAACGAUUUUGCUUUCUGACAAGGUAAUCCUCUGCGAUUGUCCGGGUUUGGUUUUCCCUAACUUUGCAUACACCAAUGCAGAUCUGGUUUGCAACGGUAUACUUCCAAUAGAUCAACUUCGUGAGUACACAGGGCCUAUGCAGCUGAUAGCCAAACGAAUUCCGAAAUACUUCCUAGAAGCUCUUUAUGGUAUUACCAUUGACACCGUGCCUGUUGAGGAGGGAGGAACAGGAAUACCAAAUGCUCACGAAAUCUUGAAUGCUUUUGCGAGAGCGAGGGGAUUCAUGACUCAAGGUUAUGGUUCAGCCGAUGAAAGUCGCGCUGCAAGAUACAUUCUCAAGGAUUAUGCCUCAGGGAAGCUCUUAUUUGUUGAGCCUCCCCCAAACGAAGAUGGCUCGAGAAAGGAUGAUGAAAGGGCACGAAAAUUCAAUGAAGGCUUAUACACAGUUCACAAGUUACCUGAGCAAAGAAAGCAACAAGUCCUCAAUGCUAUGAAAGAGAAAAAUAUCGAUAUUGAAGAAUUCGAUUUGGCGACGGACUUACACAAAUUAACGUUUUCUUCGCACCUGUCUUCUAAUGAUGCAUUAACAGGGAACAAGCAUGCUCGUACAUAUGGCGGAAAACAAGCUGUUUUGGUCAGCUCUGCUGCUGAACUUGACAAUGAAUUUUUCAAAAUGAAUGAAGUGAAAGGAAAUUUUCAGUCACCAUUUCACGCUAAGGAUGGUAGUCUCAGAGGUGAUAAGAAACAUAACAAGGCAAACAAAAAAAAGCAGAAGAAACUUCGAAAGGCAGCAGUCGCUGCAUAA